CCGGGCUGGGUGGCAUCUUGCGGGUCGAGGUGAUUUCUGCGUAUUUGGGCAAGAAUUAUGGGAUUGUUUGACAAGCUAGCAGGAUGGCUUGGGCUGAAGAAGAAGGAAGUUCAUGUUUUGUGCCUUGGUUUGGACAACAGUGGCAAAACGACAAUUAUAAAUAAAUUAAAACCUUCAAAUGCUCAAACUCAGGACAUAGUUCCAACAAUAGGGUUCAGUAUAGAGAAAUUCAAGACAUCCAGUUUGUCUUUCACAGUAUUUGAUAUGUCAGGCCAAGGCAGAUACAGAAAUCUCUGGGAACACUACUACAAAGAAGGCCAAGCCAUUAUUUUUGUCAUUGAUAGCAGUGACAAAUUAAGAAUGGUUGUGGCCAAAGAAGAGCUUGACACCCUUCUGAAUCAUCCAGAUAUUAAGCACCGUCGACUGCCUAUUCUGUUCUUUGCUAACAAGAUGGACCUCAGGGAUGCAAUAUCAUCUGUGAAAGUUUCUCAGUUAUUGUCAUUAGAAAACAUCAAAGACAAACCCUGGCAUAUCUGUGCCAGUGAUGCUCUCAAAGGAGAAGGAUUACAAGAAGGUGUGGAUUGGCUCCAAGAUCAGAUUCAAGCAAUGAAGACAUGAGAGGUCAAUAAAACAUGUAUGCCACUGUCUUAUAAACAUUGUCAGUAAAUGUAUAGACCUCUUGUAAAGGAGGAAAGAUUUAAUGAAAAACAAAGAAUUCACCGAAAUAUUCUGUAUUCUUUUGUUCUCUUUUAGUAUCUCAAAGUAACUGAACCUUUUAGUAAGCGUAGCACCUUAGGUGUGCACAUCCGUGCAUUAAACUGAAUCUUUUGACUGGAGAGCAUAUUUAAAACAACAACAACAAAAACUCUUUGUGUUAACAGUAAGCAUCUGCAAUCAUUUGAGCUUUAGGUGAUAAUUAUGUCUUCUA